AUGAUCAAGGGGAAGAUAAUUCCUUUGAAUGUUCCAGAGGCACCUAUUGAUAAUGUAUCCUUUCACUUUGCCAGCUUUGCACAGAGUUGGAAGUUUGUUGUUCAGAGAAGGUUAGCCAUAGAAAGGGAACUCCAUGAAGAUGCGUUGGAACUCAAGGAAAUCAUGGAUCUGUUGGUUGAUGCAGGCUUGAUGAAGACUGUUAAGGACAUUGGAAGAUUUUUUACUCAUCUGGUUAGGGAGUUCAUUGUGAACAUCCCUACUGAUUGUGAUGAUGAGAGCAGUUCUGAGUAUAGAAAGGUGUAUGUCAGAGGCAAGUGUGUAAAUUUCUCUCAUGAAGUUGUGAAUGAGUUUCUGGGGAGAAGUUCAGUGGCUGGAAAUGAUGAAGAACCUGAAUUGGAUAGGGUUGCUAAGACCCUGACUGGGAAGAUGGUCAAGAAGUGGCCAAAGAAAGGAUUGCUUCCCUCUGGAAAGUUAACAAUCAAGUAUGCUGUUCUUUUCAAGAUUGGCUGUGCAAAUUGGAUGGCAACCAAUCAUCUAUCUGGUGUAACUCCUCCCCUUGCAAGAAUGCUCUAUCUGAUUGGUAUUGGUGGUGAUUAUUUUGGCAAGCUAGUUUUUGAUCAGACUCUGAAGCAUGCAGGCUCUUAUGCUGUGAGACUGCCUAUCCUAUUUCCAUGCCUAUUGUCUGAACUAAUUUUCAAACAACAUCCUCAUGUUGUAAGGGCUGAUGAACCACAAGGUAAGCGACCUAUGCCUCUCAAGUUUGACUAUCGCUUGUUUGCUGGAACACAUGCUCCAGACAUUGUGCUUUCUGCAGCAAAAGGCUCUGCCAGUACCAGUGGUACUCAGGCAGUUGGUGCAACCAAAGAUGAUAUUUUGGCUGAAUUAAGGGUUGUCUCCAAAUCCUUGGAUGCCUCUUUUCAGGCUUGCAAAAUUAGAAAGCAGAAUGUGGACAAGCACAUCAAGGCUCUGACACAGAUUCCUGCUCCUGCUACUGAGGAAGGUACCGGUGAAGAAUUUGCUGAGGAUGUUAAGGGUGAUCCUGCUGUUGUUGAGGAAGAAGAGGCUCAGUAUGAAACUGCUGGCGAGGAAGAUGAUGAAUCUGACAGGGAUAAUGAGGAGUCUGAUGAAGAAGAGAAGAAGGAUGUAACUGGCUCCACCAGUUCUAGCCCUCGUAGCACCUUUCUUUAG